UGCCAUAUGACUUAAUAUCUUUUUCAGGAACUCACUCUUAUGCACUGCAGAGUUCAGCUUCACUGGACACAAGAGUACUACUAUAAACACCUCGAGGAUUUUUGCAAAGUAAUAGCAUGGCUUCUUCUUUGGUUUCCUCUACUUUUGUUGUCCUUAAAGAGGGAAAAUCUAGUGCAUCUUUUAAGGACUCAAGUUUAUUUGGAGUUUCACUCUCAGACCAUCUCAAAGCUGACCAUAGCUCUUCCGCAUUUAGAUUCAAGAGAGAACCCAACCAAAGAGUUGGGGCAGUGAGAGCUCAGACAAUGGCAACAGCAAGUCCAGCAGUAAACAGGGCAGCCCCAGAAGGCAAGAAAACUUUAAGAAAGGGAAGUGUCAUAGUGACUGGUGCCUCUUCUGGUUUGGGUCUAGCCACAGCUAAGGCAUUAGCUGAAACUGGAAAAUGGCACAUAAUUAUGGCCUGCAGGGACUUCCUUAAGACAGAAAGAGCUGCUAAAUCAGCUGGCAUCUCUAAGGAAAACUACACCAUCAUGCACUUAGACCUUGCUUCCCUUGACAGUGUACGCCAAUUCGUUGAUAACUUCAAGCGAUCAGGAAGGCCUCUUGAUGUGCUUGUUUGCAAUGCUGCUGUUUACCUGCCAACUGCUAAAGAACCUACUUUUACUGCUGAAGGAUUUGAACUUAGUGUUGGUACUAACCAUCUUGGUCACUUCCUCCUUUCUCGGUUAUUGCUUGAGGAUCUCCAGAAAUCUGAUUACCCAUCAAAGAGACUCAUAAUUGUUGGAUCAAUUACUGGGAACACAAACACCUUGGCUGGGAAUGUACCUCCUAAGGCCAAUCUUGGAGACAUGAGGGGACUUGCAGGAGGCUUGAACGGGCUAAACAGCUCAGCAAUGAUUGAUGGUGGCAACUUUGAUGGUGCCAAAGCCUACAAGGACAGCAAAGUCUGCAACAUGCUUAUUAUGCAAGAGUUUCACAGGCGUUUCCACGAAGAAACUGGCAUAACAUUCGCUUCCCUUUAUCCUGGCUGCAUUGCCACAACUGGCUUGUUCAGGGAGCACAUUCCUUUGUUCAGGACUCUAUUCCCUCCUUUCCAAAAGUACAUUACCAAGGGCUAUGUUUCUGAAGAUGAAGCUGGAAAAAGACUUGCUCAGGUUGUCAGCGAUCCGAGCUUGACAAAAUCAGGUGUAUACUGGAGCUGGAAUAAGGACUCAGCUUCAUUUGAGAACCAGUUGUCUCAAGAAGCUAGUGAUGCAGAUAAGGCUCGUAAAGUAUGGGAGAUUAGUGAGAAACUUGUUGGUCUGGCUUGAUUGAGAAGGCUUGAUGCUCUUCUCUCAACUGAUCUUUGCCCCAGGAGAGGAUGAUGUUAGUGCAGAGUUGAGUCCUGUUAUGAGUUCAAAGUUUGGAUUCGGAUGAUGUUUCUUCUGUAAACAAAUCUUUUGUAGGAGUAGAUGACUUGUUUGUAUCAUUUGACAAUAAAAUCAUUCACCCUUGUAGCAAAGUGCAAUUAAUUAACUCUUUGACAAAUCAA